CAGAUGAAGCGGGAUGCUGUCGUGGAGGAGGUCUCCGCCGGUCGAGGAGUGAUUCUCUUCAGAUUGAACAAGCUGAUCCUGGCACAGCUUGCAGAGGUGUGUGGAGUGUCUGAAGAUGUGUUCAUACCGCUCAUCUCUGCAGUGCCGGUGUCAAAGAAGCACUUUGCUUAUAGUUCUCCAAACAUCGCUAAGAAGUUUCACGCCGGUCAUCUGCGCUCCACUAUAAUUGGAAACUUCAUUGCCAACCUAAAGAAGGCUUUGGGGAAAGAGGUUAUUCGAGUCAAUUAUUUGGGCGACUGGGGAAUGCAGUUUGGACUGCUGGGCGCAGGCUUUGAACGCUUCGGCUCUCAGGAGAAGCUGAGGACGCAGCCGCUGGAGCACCUGUUUGAGGUGUAUGUUCAGGUGAACCGCGAGGCCGAGCGUGAUGAGAGCGUGCGUUCGGCCGCUGCAGAGUUCUUCAGACGUCUGGAGCGGAGUGAAGAUCAGGCCCUGGCGCUCUGGAGACAGUUUCGUGAGAUCACGGUGGACGAAUAUAAACGCAUCUAUCAGCGUUUAGGAGUUCACUUUGACCAUUACUCUGGAGAGGCGUUUCAUCACCAUCAAACCCAGAGUGUGCUGGACGUGCUGAUGAGCCAAGGACUCUUAAAGACCACCGAGUACGACACCACCUCUCAUUCUGACAGUAAUAAAACCUGGAGACAUCUGAAUAGCAGAAAGCCUUUCCUGCACACCAAAAACACACAGCUCUGUCCUCCUUCCCUCUUUAAGACAGAUAAGAGUCAGACCGUCCACUUCCAGCAGCUCUUUCACAUCCUGCAAACCAUGGGCACACAAACACGCGCGUGUGUUCAUGUGGCGUUCGGGCUGGUGCAGGGCAUGAGCACACGCCGCGGGGAGGUGGUGUUCCUGGAGGACGUGCUGGAGGAGGCUCGCAGCAGGAUGCUCAACAACAUGAGGCAGUCCAGCACUUCAAAAGAGCUGGAGGACCCGGAGCAGACCGCAGAGAGGGUUGGGAUCAGUGCUUUAAUCAUACAGGACUUCAGAGGGCCGCUGAUGUCUGACUAUAAGUUUGAUUGGGACAAAGUCCUGCAGGCUCACGGGGACACGGGUGUGUUUCUGCAGUACACACACGCACGACUCUGCAGUUUGCUGAGAAGACAUGCGAGUGAGAUGCACUCCUGCUGUGACGUCUCUCCUCUGGUGGACAGCAGAAGCGUCUCGGUUCUCCAGCACCUGCUCAGAACGUCUGUUCUGACGAGGUUUUCCUGUGUUUUCAGUCACCUGGCGGCCUCGGCUCAUCGAGAGCUGCCCGUGAAGGGGAGUUCAGCGGCCGUGGCUCAGGCCCGACUGUGUCUGUUCAGCGCCGUCCGCUCCGUUCUGGCCAACGGCAUGAGGAUUCUGGGUAUCACGCCGGUGGAGAAAAUGUGACUUUCUGUUUGUUAAUCGCUAAAUAAAAGUAUUUUCCCUUUGUGUCUGCUCGUUUCCUGGUAAAGCACACUUCAUCACGUUUUAUGUAUUUACUGAGCAUCUUUAAAUGACUUGCGAAUGAGGCCACACUGAGCGAGAUGUGUCCGCUAGAGAAGUGUGUUGUAGUGCUGCUAGCCUUCAGUAUCAGCACUGGACGGCUUGGACCUGCGACAGCAGCUACAUUUACAUGCAGCCACAUCAUCCAGUAACAGACGGAUCAUUCAGACUGCAGAGCCUUCAUGUAAACGCCUCAGUCGCUCUGAAUGUGCUCCAUCUGAGUAAAGGGGUGGUGGAGAUCAUCUGGAGCCACGAUUCUGACUUUCUCUCAGCUGGAUAGAAAGUAACUGCAGUGCUGUGAUGUGGGUUUAUGCACAUCUGUGUCCCUGGAGCACAAAAGCAUUCUUAAGUCUCUGGGGGAUAUUUGUAGCAAUAGCCA